GCAUAAAUAAUUCUGCAUUUACUCACUGCUGAUUUACUUAAUACGUGCGGUUGCUGCAUUUCAGGAGACAUUAUCGAAUCAUAACAAGUAAAUAAUAAUCCUCCAAAAUGCGUUCCCUUCCAACAAUUUUGUUCCUCUUUUCCGCAAUACUUUUACAAAUUUCGACCUCCCAUAAAAUCCUGGUCGUGUCCUUCUUCUCGAGCAAAUCCCACAAAAUCACGUAUUUCCCCCUCCUCGAAGAAUUAGCCUCGCGUGGGCACGAAAUCACGAUAAUUUCACCCGUGAAACCCUUCAAAACGGUGCCCAACAUUACGGAGAUCUUCACCCUGGACUUGGAAGCCAUCAUGGCUGGAAAAUUUGACCCGUACAAACUCAAAAAAGAAGGCAAAGGGAUAAACCCAUUCCUUAUCUUGGAAGAAUUUGGCCUGCCCGAUAUUUGCCGGAGAUCCUACAACCUGCCCCAAGUUCAGGGCGUCUUAAAAGAAAGCUAUGACCUCGUCUUUAUGCAGCCCUUAUUUAACGAGUGUGCCCUUGGCAUCGUUUACCGCCUUAAGGUCCCCUUGGUCCUCUUUUUUCCGACCAAUGUCCCCAAUUUCUUGGCGCAGAAGAUUGGAAACCACUUUCCUCCGUCCUUUGUGAGCAAUGUGUUCCUGGGUUACGGGGAUGACAUGACCUUUUACCAGAGAUUUGUCAGUUUUGGGGCGAACGUGAUGAUUGACGCUAUUCUACGAUUUUAUUACGAGCCGUACAUGUCCUCCAUUUACAAGGAGCAGUUGGGACAAGACAUACCGGAAGUGACGGAGAUCUUGGGGAACGCUUCAUUGAUAUUGAGCAAUGGUCACUUUAGCCUUUCUCGACCAAAGCCAUUCCUCCCGGAUAUUGUUGAAGUGGGUGGAAUUCAUUCCAAACCGGCGGUACCAUUGCCAAAGGACUUGGAAGAAUUUGUCGCCAAAGGUGGCCCCGAAGGCUUCAUCUUAUUCAGCAUGGGAUCAGCUAUUCCAGGAAAUAUGAUGCCGGAAGCGAAACGCAAACUAUUUCUGAACGUCUUUUCCAAGCUGAAACAACAAGUUUUGUGGAAAUGGGAGUCCGGCGACAUGCCCGAUCUCCCAAAAAACGUGCUUCUGAGCAAAUGGUUGCCCCAGCAGGACCUCUUGGGUCAUAAAAGCAUCAAAAUGUUUAUCACGCACUGCGGUGGGGGCAGCACUGAAGAAGCAAUUUAUCACGGCGUUCCACUUCUCGGCAUCCCAAUGCUGGGAGACCAACCGAUGAAUGCCAAACAAGCGAAAGGUCACGGAUUUCUAGUGCAGCGAGAAUGGGACGACUUGACUGAGGAAAGUCUGCUGGAAGGAAUCAAAGAAAUAUUGAAUAAUAAAAAGUACAAAGAAAACGUGCAACGCCUCUCCGUCGUGUUCAAAGACCAGCCUACCACGCCCCUCGAAAGAGGAGUUUUUUGGGUCGAAUACGUCAUGAGACACAAAGGUGCUCUGCAACUACGAAGUGCGUCUCGAAACCUCAAUUUCUUCCAGUACCACUCCAUCGACGUUAUCGGGGCUUAUUUGGCCCUUAUAGUCGGACUUGCAUAUCUGGUCUUCGCUAUUUUGAGGUUUAUCCUCCGAAAAGUUUGUGCAUGUUUCGGAAGCGGUUCAAAACCAGGGGUCAACAAGAACUUGAAGAAAACCCAAUAAUAAUUUUCAAAUUUCCAAAAAUAACCAAACCACUAAUUUUUUAAGAAAUCUUUGCCAUAAUUUUUUCUACGCAUUUCUCGAUAAUGAAUUUACAUUCCAAAUAUUAUAUUGACAAAUAAAGUAAAACUUGUCCUCGUUUUCCAUUAAAACUUUCCCCUCAUACAAUUAAGUAACUUUUGAGUCUACAAUUAAGUACCCUUUUUAUAAUUUACAUAUUACCUUUGCACAUGCAUAAUUAAAAU